AUGCCUUCCACUCUUUCACUGUUGGCAGCUAGCCUAGUGGCCGCAACCUCCGUUGUCUCGGCGUUCCCUUUCCACCUCAAGGAGACCGAGAACUGUUCUGAAGUCAAUGGUACCUUCUCUAUUGACAACUACAAACUUUACCCAGAGAAUCUUGACUGGGAUCCCGUUCACUGCAAGCUUUACAUCAGUGCCAACUUCAACUCCACUGUCCUCGUCUACGAUCCUUACGCAACAACAUACGACAUUCUCACAUUUGAUGGAAUUACCGGUGUUGACCCGUAUCAUGUCUCCGGCAUUGACUACGACGCGACCACUGAGUCAAUUCUGAUCUCCGCCAACAGCGGCAACCCGUUUGUAACCUCCGGAAAAAACAUGACUGGAGCCAAUAAGGUUAUUCGCUGGGAUACCAACACAAACUCGGCCGCCUACACCGCCGACCUGGCUGAUUUUACCGCUAAGUUGGCCAUCAGCAACAUGACUGGCGGCGGAUACCAGGACUUUGCUGAGGACAAGGAAGGCAACACGUACGUUCCUGUCGUCUUCCAUGUCCCUGCUAUUGCCAAAAUCACCAAGUCGGGAGAGGUGUCAUCUUGGUACAUUGGUGAAGCAAGUACUUCAAGCAAGUACAUCUAUCUCGGCAUCGUCUUCCACGAGAGCACCAAUAAGCUACUCAUCACGGCGCCUUACCUUGGUACUUUUGUCUCCUUCGACGUUUCCUCGUCCUCUCCCACCCCUACGAACAUUACCAUGAAUUGGCCGGCAGAUGGGUCGUACACCGCUAGUGACCUAGAGUGCGAUGGUCUUCUCAACCCGGCACGGUACAACCGCAACGUUCUGCUCUGCUCUGAAAACGGGCUGCAGGCCAUCACGCUCUGGGCUUCGAAGGACGGUUUCGCUACUGUUGAUUAUAUCGGUCAGGUUGCGGAUAACUUUACCACCGAUAUCGCAACGUGGGCGUCGCCAACUGCUACGGUGCAAAUUGGUAACAGCAUCUACAUUUCGCAUGAGUACUUCCAUGAUCUCAACGAGUUUGAUGUCGCCGGCAAUCGGUCGACCUUCCCCUUCGUGGAUGCUACAGCAGAUUUUGACAAGCUCGUUCUUGCGGCCGGGUACACCAUCUCCGACGCUUGA